CUGUUGCAGUGAAAUGUCUGAGCCCGGAGAAACUUAGUCUGGACAAAUGUCAACAAGACUUUCUGAAAGAAGCGGCCAUUAUGCAUUCACUCAACCAUGAGCACCUUGUAAAGUUAUACGGAGUCGUUCUAGACGUCGAUAGUUCUCUUAUGUUGGUCACAGAAUUCGCCCCACUAAGGUCACUAGCAGAAAACAUCAAACAGGAAGCCCUGAAACCAGCAUUCCCCAUCACACUCCUCCUAGAUUUCUCAGUCCAGAUAGCUGAUGCCAUGAGAUAUCUUCACAUGUCAAACAUCAUCCAUAGAGACCUGGCUGCCAGGAAUAUACUGCUUUUUGUCGAUGAUGAGGGUAACAAGAAGGCCAAGAUCAGUGACUUUGGUUUAUCGAGACGGUUAUUAUUAGGAGAGAAUUAUCGCAGUGAAAUGAGACCAAAUCUGAAGCUACCUCUGGCAUGGAUGCCUGUCGAAUCAUUGACCAAACUCACCUUCACCAAGGCAAGUGACGUCUGGAGCUUUGGCGUGACUAUGUGGGAGAUGUUCUCGUACGGGAGGAAACCUUUUGCAACGUUAUCAGGAGAAGAGGUAAAUAUGGUAGUAGCUUUUCCUUGCUUGUGGUGUGACUGACCAUAAUUUAUAAAGGGAAGUCCGAGUUCCUCAACCAAGUCCUGGGGCUUGGUCUUCCAAGAGAUCAUGAGCCAUCUUUUCUUCUCCUGAGAGAACUAGGAUCACCGUUUUUGAAAUGCUCUUGAUGUCGAGUAGUGUCCAGACCCUUCAUAAGACCCUUCAUUUUUUUUUAUCCAGCUCACUCAUUAUUUUUAGAAACGAAUAAUGGAUUUUGUCAGGAUUUUUUUUUUCCUCACAGGCAGUCAAACUAAUGAUUAUGUUUACAGUUUUCUGUAAAAAAGCAUCUUAUGCAAUACCAAUUUGCCUGGUAAAGCAUGGAUCUGCUACAUAAAAAUAUGUUUUUAUAGAAAACAAGUUGAAUUGCAUUGACAGUAAGUAUAUCAAUGAUCUUCUAAUCAUAUAAAAAUCAAUUAUUUCUCUGUAUUUGUUCAAUGACAAUCUUUAUGAAACAGUGCCCAUGCUUGCAUGGUAGAGAUGGUGUUAGUACAUUUUAGUAUAUACAUGUACACACAAAAUGGAAAGAUGAAUCGCAAUCAUGAAUCAUCAAUCUGUAUUAUGAGAAAAUCAAUAUAGUGCCCUCUAGUGGUAGAAUGUGACAAUGCAAUAAGUGCAGAGAAUAUAUAAAUAUUGACAGCUAGCUUGUGUUUUGCCAUUGGUAGUUAAAAAGUGUCAGUGUAGAAGACAUACCUACGUGCAGUUUCUCACGUUGGGCGUGAUAAUUUCAUUACGCCACCCCCCCCCCCCAACACAAAAAAAAAGAAAGAAAACAAAAGCACUUUCCUGAACCAACUUCCUUACAUCCCUGUAUAUUGUAUAACUAAUUCCCUGUCUAAUAUUUCACGCAUUGCUUGGGCCUCAUCAUACAUGGUUAAUAUUGAUUGAUCUAAUCAAUCUCGGCUAUUGAAUGGCCAUGACCCAAACAUCAUGAUUGCAUAUUUCCAAGAUUCAGAUUGAUGCAAUCAUUCAAAUCUAUUUAAAGCCAGCAACCCCAACAGUUAGAAUGCAUUUCAUUUCAAGGUGUUUUCUAAAUAUGGUUUAUGCUCAUGCUUGCAUCAUUGUUUUGAUAAAUCUGUGUACUCUUAAUUUCCAAAGAUUUCCAAAGACUUUUUGUAAAUACCAUAGUUGAGAUUGAUUGGAUCAAUCGUAACAAUUUGUGAGACAGGUUUCUGGUCUUUGAACUCGACAUCUCAGUAGUUUGGGUAUUUUUUAGAACACACUUCAUUUACAUGGAUUGUUAAAGCUCAAUAAAAAAAGAAAUAGUAGGGAAUAUCAUAAAGGAUCUACCUGCUAGAGACUUCGAUAGAAAGAGGAAAUAUGGAUAUCAGAUAGAGGUAUG